UGUGCAGCUGCUUUUGCCCAAGCUUUUCCAAGCAUAGAAAAUAUUUCGGCCGCGCAUCAACAGCGAGAAGUCAAAUUGCACAACUGUGUACUUGGAUUAUAACCAGGGCAAGCUUUCAGGUGCCGACUUAAGAAAUGAGUAUUAUUCAGAAAAUAAGGGACGUUGAGGACGAGAUGGCAAGGACACAGAAGAAUAAGGCCACCAUGGGCCAUCUGGGUAUGCUCAAGGCGAAGCUUGCUAAGUUACGUCGAGAUCUCUUGGAGCCCGGCAGUGGGGUGAAAGGAGGGCCUAGUGGCGAAGGAUUCGAUGUUACUAAGGUGGGUGAUGCUCGAGUGGGCUUCGUCGGCUUCCCUUCUGUGGGCAAGUCAACACUUCUGACCAAGUUGACUGGGACCUAUUCGGAGGCUGCUUCUUACGAGUUCACGACGCUGACAUGCAUCCCCGGCAUUGUACGCUAUCGUGGAGCCAAAAUUCAAAUGCUUGACCUGCCUGGCAUAAUUGAAGGCGCCAAGGAUGGCAAGGGUCGCGGUCGGCAGGUCAUCUCAACUGCCCGCACCUGCAACCUUAUUCUCAUUGUCCUGGACUGCCUCAAGCCGCUCACUCACAAGCGUCUCAUCGAGCAUGAGCUGGAGGGUUUUGGCAUUCGCCUCAAUAAGAAGCCGCCAAACAUUACAUUCAGGAAGAAGGAUCGUGGUGGCAUCAAUUUCACGUGCAUUACUCAAAACCUGAAGCUGGACCUGGAUACGGUCAAGGCGGUGUGCUCAGAGUACCGAAUCCAUAACGCCGAUAUCCAUGUGAACGAUGACUACGAGAUCGACGACCUAGUUGAUGUCAUUGAGGGUUCCCGCGUCUACAUUCCCGCCAUCUAUGUCAUCAAUAAAAUCGACCAAAUAACCAUUGAGGAGUUGGAGGUCAUGGACAAGUUACCACACUACUGCCCCAUUUGUGCCUUUCACGAGUGGAAUUUGGACGGGCUGAUUGAGAUGGCAUGGGAUUACCUGGACCUGGUGCGGGUCUACACCAAGCCAAAGGGCAGGUUGCCCGAUUUCAAUGAGCCUGUUGUGCUACAGCGGCAGCACUGCACUGUGGAGGACUUCUGCAACCGCAUCCAUAAGACGCUUAUCAAACAGUUCAAGUAUGCGCUGGUGUGGGGCUCCUCCGUGAAACAUCGACCACAACGUGUGGGAAGGGAUCAUGUCCUGCACGAUGAAGACAUUGUUCAGAUUGUCAAGCGGAUUUGACACCGUGGUGAAGCUACUGAUCUUAAGUGCAUAAUUUGGGUGUAAUGUGGUGAUACCC